AUGCCUGAAAAGGAGUUGAGUUAUAUGAGGUCCAAUGAGGCCUCAAAUUCAGCAGAUAAGAGCGGUGGUGUUUAUGUCAAUGAUUUUGAAUCUCCAAGUGAGACAAAAUUGACUGGCUGGGCCAAGUUUGCCGACUCUUUCAAAAGAUUCGAUGACAACGAAUUGGGUUUGGAUCCUAACUUGACAGAAGCUCAAAAGAUUGCUGUGAGAACUGCAAACUCCCCAUUGUCUAGAUCUUUGAAGAAUAGACACUUGCAAAUGAUUGCUAUCGGUGGUUCUAUCGGUACUGGUUUGUUCGUUGGUAGUGGUACAUCCUUAAGAACUGGUGGUCCCGCCGGUGUUUUGAUUGCCUAUAUCUUAAUUGGUAGUAUGAUCUACUGUACUGUUCAAGCCUUAGGUGAAUUGGCUAUUACUUUCCCUGUUUCUGGUGCUUUCGUUACUUACAACACACGUUUUAUUGAUGAAUCAUUUGGUUUUGCUAUGGCUUGGAAUUACGCUUUACAAUGGUUAGUUGUUAUGCCGUUAGAAUUGGUUGCUGCGUCGAUCGUUAUCAAUUAUUGGAAUAAGACAAUCAAUCAUGCUGCUUUUGUUGUUAUUUUCUGGGUCUUUAUCGCUGCAAUCAACUUUUUUGGUGUUAGAGGUUAUGGUGAAGCUGAAUUUUUCUUUUCCAUUAUUAAGGUCAUUGCUGUUGUUGGUUUCAUCUUCCUAGGUAUCAUUUUAUGUGCUGGUGGCGGUCCCAAAGGUGGCUACAUUGGUGGUAAGCAUUGGCAAAAUCCUGGUGCUUUUGCUGCUGGGUUUAAAGGUGUUUGUACUGUUUUCGUCAGUGCUGCCUUUGCUUUCUCAGGAACCGAAUUAUGUGGCUUGGCUGCUGCUGAAGCUUCCAACCCAAGAAAGUCAUUACCAAAGGCUAUUAAGCAAGUUUUCUGGAGAAUUACCUUAUUUUAUGUCAUUUCUUUGACAUUGGUUGGUUUGUUGGUUCCUUAUAACGACCCACAAUUAAUUGGUUCCACUUCUUGGGAUGCUGCUGCUUCUCCUUUCGUCAUUGCCAUUAAGAACGGAGGUAUCUCUGGUUUGCCUUCUGUCAUGAAUGUUGUUAUUUUGAUCUCUGUUUUAUCUGUUGGUAACUCAUCUGUUUUCGGUUCAUCAAGAACUUUAGCUGCAUUAGCUGCUGCUGGACAAGCGCCAAAGAUAUUCGGAUACAUCGACAAGAGAGGUAGACCAUUGGCUGGUAUUGUUCUUCAAUUGAUCUUUGGUUUGUUAUGUUUCACUGUUGCUUCUCCACACUACGGUGACGUCUUUACAUGGUUGUUGGCUUUGUCCGGUUUAUCAGCCUUGUUCACAUGGGCUGCCAUUUGCUUGUGUCAUAUUAGAUUCAGAAGAGCUUUGAGUGCUCAAGGGAGAAGCACUGAUGAAAUUGCAUUUACUGCUCAAGCUGGUGUUUGGGGUUCUUGGUACGGUUUCAUUCUAAAUACCGUUGUUAUAAUUGCUCAAUUCUGGAUUGCUGUCUGGCCAUUGGGUGCUGCUCCAAAUGCUGAAGUUUUUUUUGAAAACUAUUUGUCAUUCCCUGUUAUCUUGGCCUUCUACUUGGGUCACAAGAUCUGGAAAAAAAACUGGAAGUUGUUCAUUAGAGCUAAAGACAUUGAUAUUGACACUGGUAGAAGAGAAUUAGAUUUGGAUUUAUUGAGACAAGAGUUGGUUGAAGAAAGAGCAUAUAUUGCAUCUCUACCAUUCUACAAGAGAUGUUACAAGUUCUGGUGCUAG